GGGAUGCAGAGCCUAUAGCAAGUUCCUCGCUAUAGAGUCAGCCAGUCGUAAAGGACUAUGCCCGUGGGUUCAACAUGUUAAAGUGGUUUAUCUUGUUCACGCUUGUCAUCGGCAGGCUUUCCUCCCAGCAGUCUCCGAGGGCCAUCAACUCGACGGGACUUUGGUCUAAGUACAAUCUGGUCGUCAAGCCCAACCUGAGCUUGCCAGUCACUACGGCCAAGACGACGACCGCGAGUUCUGUGAUUGAAUCCAAAUACGCGACCCUUGAGAUUCCUGACGUUGAAGAUGACGAUGAGGACGAAGAAGAAGACGACGACGAUGACGACGACGAUUCAGCGGAAGAUGACGUUGAAGAAGUGGUGAAAGACGAAGAAGCAGAAGGCAGGAGAAAGAAUAAAGGGUACGGAGGCAUCGGGCUGAUGAUGGGCGGCAUGAUGCUGGCGAUGGGAAUGGCCGCGCUUGCAGCCCUUGCUGGUAAAGCGAUGGCAGCAUCGAUGGCCGCGCUGAUGAUGGCCGCUCUUGCUGCGAUGAAGAAAGGAGGCGGUGGAGGGGGCGGCCAUCACUCUUCAUACGAGGUGAUUUCCAUACCCAGCCAUCAUCACCGUAGCUUUUACGAGGUAGACCAUGAUGAGCAAAGCCCGUACCAUUACGACCAGCAGCCUGUUUACGAAAACUGAAGAAAGAUCUCUACCUAUGAACUUGUAGAAAAGGAUGUAAAGUUUUCUAUGUAAAAUGUUUUCAACCACUGCUAUAAAUUUACAU